AGAUGAAGAUAGCGCGGCAGAGCUGUUGCGGGUUCAAGGAGGGAUCCGCUCCGCCGUCAAGAUGAGAUCCAAGGCGCGAGCGAGGAAACUGCCCAAAAUGGUGAACAUCUGAAGGGCAGACAUGGAACAUAGAAGCCUACUUUACACCAGGUGACAACGAGAUUGUGAACAACAUGUACGAAACCGAAGCAGACCUCCUAGCAGGCGAGAGCGGGGAGGAGGAGACCGAGGACAGCAUCAUGUCCCCCAUCCCCGUGGGGCCGCCAUCCCCUUUCCCCGCCGGAGAGGACUUCAACCCCAAGGAAGGCUCUCCGUACGAAGCUCCCGUCUACAUCCCCGAUGACAUUCCAAUCCCGCCCGACUUUGAGCUGAGGGAGUCUUCCAUUCCAGGGGCAGGGCUGGGCAUCUGGACCAAAAAGAAGAUUGAAAUUGGGGAAAGAUUCGGGCCUUACAUGACCUUUCCAAGGACGACGUUGAAAGAAGCAAACUUUGGAUGGGAGCAAAUGCUUACGGAUCCUGAGACAGCGUUGCAAGCUGGCUGCAUUAAAAAGAUUGGCGAUGACCUGGGCACUGAGAAAUUCUGUGUCGAUGCCAACCAGACAGGAAACGGGAACUGGCUGAAGUACAUCCGGGUGGCCUGCUCCAGCGAAGAACAAAACCUAGCCGUGUGUCCUGUGAAUGACCAGAUUUAUUAUAAAGUUAUUAAAGAAAUUGAACCCGGAGAAGAGCUGCUGAUGUAUAUGAAAGAAGGUACUUAUCCGACUGGGAACAUCCCACCCAGUUUGGAAGAAGUGCACACGUACCGCUGCGAGGACUGCGACGAACUCUUCCAGUCAAAGAUGGACAUGAGGCGGCACAAGAAAUACUCUUGCAAUGCUGUCAGCUCCCUCUACGAGACCCUCAGCGAGGAGAUCAAGCAGGAAGGGGCUUCCGAUGGGCAGGUCCACGAGUGCAAGGAUUGUGAGAGGAUGUUCCCAAACAAAUACAGCUUGGAACAGCACAUGAUCAUCCACACUGAGGAACGGGAGUACAAAUGUGACCAGUGUCCGAAGGCCUUCAACUGGAAAUCAAACCUGAUUCGUCACCAGAUGUCGCACGAUAGCGGCAAGCGAUUUGAAUGUGAAAACUGUGUAAAGGUGUUUACUGACCCCAGCAACCUCCAGAGGCACAUCCGUUCUCAGCACGUCGGCGCACGGGCGCACGCUUGCCCUGACUGUGGGAAAACCUUUGCCACUUCUUCCGGCUUAAAGCAGCACAAGCACAUUCACAGCACUGUCAAACCUUUCAUAUAUGCUUUAGGUGAGGUCUGCCACAAGUCCUACACGCAGUUCUCCAACCUGUGCCGCCACAAGCGCAUGCAUGCCGACUGCCGGACCCAGAUCAAGUGCAAGGACUGCGGCCAGAUGUUCAGCACCACCUCCUCACUCAACAAGCACCGUCGCUUCUGCGAGGGGAAGAACCAUUACAACCCCGGGGGGAUAUUCGGGCCAGGCCUGCCUCUCACUCCCAGCUCAAUGAUGGACAAAUCCAAGCCAUCUCCUGCCCUUAACCAUGCCAGCCUGGGCUUCAGCGAUUACUUCCCAUCCCGGCAGCACCCUGGAGGGCUCCCCUUCUCCCCCGGUCCCCCAGCGUUCCCAUCCCUCGCCCCUGGGUUCCCGGGCAUCUUCCCUCCUUCGCUGUACCCCAGGCCCCCUUUAUUACCUCCGACGCCGCUGCUGAAAAGCCCCCUCAACCACACUCAAGAUGCCAAACUUCCCAGCCCCCUGGGCAACCCAGCCCUCCCUCUGAUCUCUGCCGUGAGCAACAGUGGCCACCCCGCCUCCGGGGAGGAGCGUUACAACAGCAGCAACCUGGGGAACUCCUACCUGGAGAAGCUCAAAGCCAGGACCAGCGACAUGUCAGAUGCGAGCGACUUCGAGGACGUCAACACCACCACAGGAACGGACCUGGAUACCACCACCGGGACAGGGUCUGACCUGGAGAGUGACGCGGAGAGCGACCGGGACAAAAUGAAGGAGAAGAGCAAGCCGUCCGAGAGCAAGCCGGAUUUCGGCAGCGGCGCAGUGCCCACCAGUUCCGCCAACAACAUGAGCGACCUCCCCCUCUUCUACUCACAGCAUUCCUUCUUCCCUCCCCCCGAAGAGCAGCUCCUCCCCAUGGCGGGAGCAGCCAACGACUCCAUCAAGGCCAUCGCCUCCAUCGCAGAGAAGUACUUUGGGCCCGGCUUCAUGGGGAUGCAGGAGAAGAAGAUGGGCUCCCUCCCGUACCAUUCCAUGUUCCCCUUCCAGUUCCUCCCCAACUUCCCCCAUUCGCUGUACCCUUUUACGGACCGCACCCUCAACCACAGCUUGCUGGUCAAGGCAGAACCAAAGUCGCCCAGGGACCUUCACAAACUGGGCAGCACCAGCUCUGAGUCGCCCUUCGACCUUACCACAAAGCCAAAAGAAAUCAAGCCAGCCUUGCCGCCCCCCAAAGUCCCGCCUGCUCACCCGUCCGGGGAGGAGCAGCCGCUGGAUCUCAGCAUCGGCAACCGUAUCCGGGCCAGUCAGAAUGGGAGCCGGGACUCCCGGAGGAACCACGUGUACGGAGAAAGGAAGUUGUUGGCCAGUGAAGUAUUACCCAAGAUCUCUCAGGCUCAGAUGCCGCCACAGCCAUCACUGCAUUACGCCAAGCCGUCUCCUUUUUUCAUGGACCCCAUAUACAGCAGGGUGGAGAAGCGGAAGGUGGUAGAUUCAGUGGGCGCAUUGAAGGAGAAGUAUCUGAGACCAUCCCCGCUGCUUUUUCAUCCCCAGAUGUCAGCAAUAGAAACCAUGACGGAGAAACUGGAGAGCUUUGCAGCCAUGAAGGCGGACGCCGGCGCUUCCUUGCAGCCCCUCCCGCACCAUCCCUUCAACUUCCGGUCGCCGCCCCCAACGCUGUCCGACCCCAUUUUGCGCAAGGGCAAAGAACGCUAUACCUGCAGGUACUGUGGUAAAAUAUUCCCGCGUUCAGCAAAUCUGACGAGACAUCUGCGGACACACACAGGAGAGCAACCUUACAGAUGUAAAUAUUGCGACCGGUCCUUCAGCAUUUCAUCCAACCUCCAGCGCCACGUCCGAAACAUCCACAAUAAGGAGAAGCCAUUCAAGUGCCACCUGUGUAAUCGUUGCUUCGGCCAGCAGACCAAUCUCGACCGACACCUGAAAAAGCACGAACACGAGAGUGUGCCAGUGAGCCAGCACACGGGCGUCAUCACGAACCACCUGGGGACCAACGCCUCCUCGCCGACCUCAGAAUCAGACAACCAUGCACUUUUAGAUGAGAAGGAAGACUCGUAUUUCUCCGAAAUCAGAAACUUUAUUGCAAAUAGCGAGAUGAACCAAUCGUCGGGCUUAGCAGAUAAAAGGCCUGAAAUCCAGAAUGCUGAUGGCAACUCCCAGUGCCAUGGCCUCCCAAAUGACAAAACGGAGGAUGUCGACGAGGAGGAGGAAGAACUGGAAGAGGAAGACGAUGACAGCCUGACAGGGAAGUCACAGGACGAGACGGCAUCGCCGACGACAGAGCCGCAAGGAGGGUAUGAGGAUGAGGAAGAUGAAGAGGCCACGUCCCUUACCAUGAGUUUUGACCACACCCGAAGGUGUGUUGAGGAGGACGAAGCCGGCCUGUUAGAUUUGGAGCAGUUACCGCAGUUUGGGAAGGGGCUGGAUCUACGCAAGGCGUCCGAGGAAGCUUUUGAAGUUAAAGAUGUGUAUAACCCCACCUUAGACUCUGAGGCAAUAAAACAGACUCUGUACAGGCAGGCUAAAAAUCAGGCUUAUGCAAUGAUGUUGUCCCUUUCUGAGAACACUCCCCUCCAUCCUUCUUCCCAGAACUCUCUGGAUGCUUGGUUGAACAUGGCAGGUGCUGCUUCUGAGCCAGGAGGCUUCAGCGCCGUCGGUCAUCUCUGAGAGGCUGGAGGAGAAGGCGCCCGGCCCGAGAUCCCAAGCAAGGAGGCCGAGGUGCCACACGUCUCCCCUCUCAGACCUUCUGGUCAGCAGCGGAGGACUGGACAGGAAGCCCUCGGGGCUCACCCACCCACCCACCACCGGGAGAAGGAACCCACCACGGACAGCUCGUUCCCUGUUUCGUUGGACCUAGGAAACCACCACCGUAGCAGACCCGGGGGCCUGCCAUCUCUCUGAUGCAUAGUACAUCCCAGGAGUGAAACUUGCUUCCUGCAUUGGGCUGGGGGGGGAGGAGACCAGGUGCAUUUGUCGUUAGCAAAUCCAGUCGUGCCCCACCCUCUCACGUUACAGACCGUGUUGCUGAGCCAGCAAAAACCUCCUUGUAAACUACCCCACAUGAAGUCCUUUGACCCUCGUAUCCAGUUCUGCUAAGAAGAAGAAAACGACGUUCUAGGCCAGGUCCCAUUCUAAUGAAGUCACUGGAGUUCCGCUGAGAUUAGGACUUCUGUUGAAUUUCGUUUGCUUCCUUCCCCCUCUUUAAAAGAAAAAGAAAAAGGUGUCAAGUUCCUUUCCCUCAUCUUAUGUGCAUUGUGUAAACCCUUCUUCAGAUGGCCUCUCUGUGGGUAAUAACCUCUCUUGUCCCCCAGUGGUUGCCUUUUGGAAAGCUUGUUGGCACACUUUUUUAAAGGAAAAAAAAACCUCUGUAACUCCGGUUUACAGCCACCCAUUGCCACUUCUCUUGAGGGGUUUUCACACGUUACGUUUGACAAUGAGUGCACAGUCUUUCUGGCCCGGGGUGCACAUCUACUGAGCUGUACGCUUGUACGGUUAUUCACAUGUAACAAUCAAGGAGUGUAGAGUCUGUGUGCAAGUCACAAUUUUCCACACACACGCUGAUAGCUGUGUUCAGCAUAAUGUGUGGAACAAGCCACGCAUUAUGUGACGUUCUGACGCUGAGCUGAGGAGCAGCUGGGGCUGUGGAAGGAAACUUUGUGUAUGGCCUUCACUAUCCCACCUGCCCAGGUUGUGCUUAUGAUGGAAAAUAGCCUGUAAAAGUUUGAAAUGGGCAAGAGAGGUGCUAUGUAAUUUCCCUUUCCUGUUGCACGGCCAGAGAACAGAAUUACUCCCCUAUAGCUUGAAGUAGUUAAGGUUCUGGACUUUGUGGUGGUGGGGAGAACAAAAUCAGCUCCUCUGAUAAAUGGGGCGUACAGACCCUCCUUCCCUCUGACCCGAGAAGCGUCGCAAGUCUUACUGAAAUUCCCUUUGCUUCCCUUUAAACUCCUCUGUUUGCUUGUUUUGGUCUGCCAGAUUGCCAAAUCUGCCUCGCAGUUGCGCUUUCGGUGGAACUUUGACAGCAGCUUUGACACAGGUGUGGAUCGGGGCCACUCCUGGGGUUCUUAAAGUGGGACCUGGGGGCAUCUAUCAAAGCAUCUUGCUAGGAUUGAGCUCCACAAUUUUUGUUUCCCACCCAGGGAUGGGCUGGCAACCUCUCUUGCAGACUGUGGCAGCAGAGUUUUGCACAGAGACCUGGCAGAGGGCAAACCGUGAGUCUUGUGCCAACAGGUGGGAAGCCUCAAGUCUGUUGCCAGGUCAGCUCCCAUGCAGAACACCAGACUUCGCCAAUCGGGUGCCAUCCAGAUGUUGUGGUCACAACUCCCACCCGCCCCAGCCAGCACAGUGGGAAUUGUAGUCCAAAACAUCUGAAAGGCACCAGAUUGGCGAGAGGCUGUUGGCAAGAAGACAAGGUCCCAAGACAACACCAUCCAAAGCCAGCCUUAUUCCUCUCUCCCCUAACUUCUUCAGUAUAAAGGGGCAACCUUUCCCACCAUAUCCAGAACCACUAUUUAAACUCAUUCCUAAAGCAAGGACAAAUAGUAUUACGAAGGUAUCUGAUUAGUUUUUGUUUAUUUUUGUUUGCAGAUUUUCAGUUCUGAUUCCCUCCCGUCCAGUGCCAAUGUUUUCAAAUCAUCUCUAGAUCAAGUUCCAGGACACAGAAAUAGUAUUGAGACCUUAAUGCCGAAUUGUUGUGAGUCCAGCAUUCGCUUUGCUUAGGGUUCAUCCAGGUUUAGGGGGUUUUAGAGUACAGGGUUGGUUUUUAGAGUAAGUUUGGGCAAGAAGGGUAAUUAUCAGGUGCUCAGGUCUUCCUGUAGUUGCUGCCAAGGCAGGAACUAGACAAUAGGGCAGAGGUUGCCAAAGAGAUGCCCGUGCGCACACAUCUGCCCACAGAGGUCCUUCCUGCUACCCAUGUGAUUCCCCUCUCCAGUUUCAAGUUCAGCUUGGAAGCAGCAUUCUGUGGUAACCAAUAGCAUGCUGUGGUUGUGUCUGCUGGCUUGUGGGGUGUGCAGCACCUGUGAGUUAUCUCUGGCUUGCAAAUGGGCCCCGCAGCUCCCCAAAGCUUGGUGACACCUGCAUUGUGGCAGGCAGGAAGUGAUUGUACCGGAGGAAACAUUAAGAUGGGUGUUUCUCCUCCUCUCUCUCCCUCCCCCCAUCCCAGUAUUAUCUAAUGGGUGGGGGAGAAUGUGAAACAACAUAAGCAACAUCCUGCAUUUAUUUCUGUCCCUGUUGUACUUCACUGGCUUUGUGGCACCAUGAAUUUUUGUUUUACGCGGUGUUACAGGGAGAGAGGGAACCAGACAGCUAGGGUUAACCGAUUGCAGUCAAAGGCACCACCUUGUAGAUAACAUCAAGCUCUGACUUCAGAAACCACCUCAUCUUCCCAUCUCUGUGUUGCUGUACAGUCGUACCUUGCUUCUUGAAUGCCUUGCGAGUUGCACGUUUUGGCUCCCGAACGCCACAAACCCAAAAGUGAGUGUUCCAGUUUGCGAGCGUUCUUUGGAACCCCAACAUCCAACUCAGCUUCCGCGGCUUCCGUUUGAGUGCAGCAAACUCCCACAGCCAUUUGGAAGGCACGCCUUGGUUUUCGAGCGUUUUCGAAAGUCGAACAGACAUCCGGAAUCGAUUACGUUCGGGUGCCAUGGUACGACUGUACUGGAGACUUUGCAUUCUGAAAUAGUUGGCUCUCCCAUCUCUUUCUUUUCCCAUUGAUCACUCUGCACCAGGCCCUUCCUUACAUAAUUGCCCAUGCCCUGUAGAAAGGAGUUCCUUACAAUGGCAUAAACUUAGAUCAGCUUUAUUAUUCCAGUUUACCUAUUCUGGCUCCCCACCCUCCCAAAAAAGGAUAUUGGGAACUGUGGUUUGGUCAAGGUGAUACUCUGUUGAAGAGAUUGCUAGGUCUCCUGGCAGUGCUAUGUUUCCCUGGGAGAAAGGAAAUAUGGCCAAAUCAGUUUGCAAUCUGUAGUGCAGAUGUGCCCCAUGUUAACAUUUUACAGGCCUGCGCAAAUACCCAGAAGUCAUUUCCAAGUCUUGAAGCUAAGUGUCUAUCUGGUGCCUUAAGGGCUGUAUGCAAUCAAGUCCUACUCAGAAUUGGAUCCAAGUUAGUGAUUAAUUUCAGCCAGUGUUGUCUGAAUAAGAUGAGCAUUGGUUGGAUAAAAGUUUCAGGUGCCAGGGUACCUUCUCACAUGCAUUAUCAUUCAUAUAUUUUCAAGUUUUGCUUUUAAAAUCCAGCUUUUUUUGGGGGGGGUGAAGCUUACAACUUUAAGUCUUGUCAAUAAAUUGGAAGGCAGCCAAUUUUUUAAAAAAAAAAAAUACUUCUACCUACACCUUCCCGCAAAACCCUAAAUCUCCUAAAACCUAAUGGCUCCAGUAAUAGGGUUGCCAUAGGUCCUCUACUUCCAGGACACGUUCUCUUUUUCAUGGGUAUGUAAAAUCAGAGUCAUCAUAGACAUCCAUAGUUAAAAGCAGAAGUCAGCAAAUGUGUCCUCUUUUUUGCUCAUCAAAAUAUGGCAACCCUAAAUUAGUUGGGACUUUGCAGAGGGGGGGGGGCAAAGGACACACCUGAGCUGAACUGAAAAUUUUCAGAGAACACUUGUCAGAAAUAAUAUUUUGAG